UUGAUGGAGUAGAUGCACAUGAACUCUUUGGUGACCUGCUACAGAAUCUAAUUUCUUCUACCUGUCUCAACUGUGUUCUCUAAACGAUCUAAGCGAGAGAGAAUCUAUGUAUUAGCAACAACCAUUAUUUUUCCUUGUUCUUUUCACUGGAAACAAACGGUUACUAUCACUUUCGUAGCUUCUCAAAUUUGUUUUUCUUUUUGAUGUCGAAAGAAUGAUGAAGAUCCGACGAAGAUGACGAAGCUCGGACGAAGAUGAUGAAUAUCUGACGAAGAUGAUGAAGCUUCGAAGAAGAUGACGAAGAUCCCGCGAAGAUGACGAAGAUCCCAUGAAAACCCGACGGAAAUUUUGUGCUGAUGAUGGAGAAGAAAAUUGUGGGUUUGGGAGGAGUUUCAAGUUUGAACUGUUACGGCAAGGGUUCAUCUGGCGAAGGAAUUCGACGAUUUGGGGAUUUUAACAAUGGGGGGCAUUUUGUCAUUUUUUUAAAACUUGUAUUGCAUAAUUUUCAAUUAAAUCCCAGUAGUUCAGAAAACCUCAAAAAACCCCCCGAUAUUUCGAGCCAGGCUCGGCUCGCGAGCCUAACGAGCCAAGCCAAGCAUGGCUCGAACUCUGCUCGUUCUGUCUCACGAGCCGAGUCGAGUCACCUCGUUAUCAGACGAAUCGAGCCGUUAACGAGCCGGACUCGAGCCGAGCCGAGCCGACUCGCGAGCGGCUCGGUUCGUUAACCAGCCCUACACACAUACUUUAUUCUUCAUGCUAGUGCUUUGGUAGUUGUAUGAUGUUAAUUAGUGGGGUUAAUGAUAUGAGCCGAAGAUUUUUCACCCGAGUUAUUCACUAACUUUCAUAUGUUGAACUAUAUACUCUCCCUGGAGAUAAUUUCAUGGAAUUUAUUAAAAUUGUAAUAAGUUUUACCCUCUUUCAGGACGGGAUGCUCUGCCUAGUCAUUUCUUCUUCAAAAUCGAGCCCUUCUCAUUACUAAAAGCUUCAAUUGAUAUAUAUAAAACGAGCCAAUUUGAAGCAAGGGGUUUCAAAUGUUUACCAUUGGGCCUGGUUUUAUAGGAGAUUGCUGAUAUACCCAGCUGGGGACUCUAGCAAAAACAGGGAAAAUCAUAUAUCCAUUUACCUGGAAUUGAUAGAGACGAGUUCUCUCCCUGCAAGAUGGGAAGUCAAUGUGAUUUUCAAUUUUCUAAUAUUCAAUCAGCUUCAAGAUAAGUAUGAUAGUCUCCAGGGUAAAGUGCUCAAAGACUCACCGCAGAGUUCAUACGAGGAUCUAUUGUUUAUAUGCUACGUUUGCAUCAACUUGUGGUACCACAUAUUCUCUCUUAUUUUGACAGGGAGAUACCAUGCAAUGAAAACCGAAUGGGGUAUCGCCAAAUUCAUAGAUCUGAAAGCAUUUCAUAAUCCCCUUAAAGGAUACCAUAUCGAUCAUACUUGUGUCUUUAGCGCUGAGGUUUUUGUCGUCAAAAGUACUUUUAAAGAGGAGUGCUUAUCAAUGAUCAAAGAACCUGCUACAUGUUACCAUGUUUGGAAAAUCACAAAAAUUUCAACUCUACUUGAUGAAACGUGUGCGUCUGAACCAUUUGGAGAUUAUAACUGGAAAAUUUCGUUCUACCCUAAUGGAUGUUUAGAAGCCAAGGGCAACAAUAUUUCAACUUUUCUACUGUUGCUCAAGGAAAGCAUUCCUCUGAGUACCAAGUUAUUUGUGAAAUUCAUUCUACGUGUCAAAGAUCAAACAAAAGAAAAUCAUGUCGAAAUUGAAUUUGAACAGGUUUUUUCUCCAAUCCUCCUGAACUGGGAUGCCAGAAAGUUCAUGUCACUGCAUAAACUCGAGGAUCCAAAACAGAGUUUCUUGGUGGAUAACACUUGCAUCAUUGAAGCAGAAGUUACUGUGCCUGGGUUGAUUAAAACUUGAGUCAUGAAUAUGUUGAUAAAUGUCUCAGAAUGAUUUAGCGACAAUUAUUUGGUUUAACUUGGCUUGGCCUUUAACCAUAAAUGCUGCUAUUUUUUUAUACUUCAAUUCAAACUGGUUCUGUUCAAUUUGGACAAGUUGUAAUGCAUUUCAAUGAAAGACUAUAGAAUCCAAUUCAUAAUAGUAACUAA